GGCUGUCCUGGCCCUUCUCACGGCGAGGGACCUUGGCCGCUGCAGAGGCGCCCGGGCUGUCGGGCUCUGCCGGCAGCGGGGCUCUCUUUGGCCGGCCCCUGGCAGCUCUCUGCAGCCAGGACGGCACGCUGCCCCAGCCCAUCCAGGACCUGCUGGCUCUCCUGCACCUGCACGGGCCAGCCACGGAGGGGAUCUUCCAGCUGGCAGCCAGCGAGUGCGCCAUGCAGGAGCUCUGUAAGGCCCUCGACAGUGGAGCGCAGGUCCCCCUUGAAAGCCAGCCUGCGUGCCUGCUGGCCGUCAUCUUGAAGAACUUCCUCCGCAAGAUCCCCUCCAAGCUCCUCGAGGUAGAGCGCUACGAGGAGUGGAUGGGCGCCCUGCAGAAGACCAGCAGGCAGGAGAAGCUGGCAGGACUGAAAGAGGUGGCCAGCAAGUUGCCCAAGGCCAACCUGGUCCUGCUCCAGCAGUUGCUGUCCCUGCUGCAAAACAUCAGCAGCAACGCGGCCACCAGCAAGAUGACUGCCCACAACCUGGCCAUCUGCAUGGGGCCAAACCUCCUGAGCCCAGCUGAGGAGCACACCCUUCCCUUGGAUGUCCUGGCGCAGGCGACGGAGAAGGUGACGCAGCUGGUGGAGUUCCUCAUCGAGCACCACGAGGAACUCUUCGCGGAGGAGGUGGCUGGGCUUGCCGGCACAUCGGAUGAGGAGUCACCGGCACCGGAGCUGGGAGCAGCGGCAGCAGAGGUGCCUCCAGUCACCCCAGAAAGCCAACACCUGAAGAGCUCGUCUGGCGAGAGAAGGUUGCCAGGCUCUUCUCAAGGGAAUAGAAAGAGAAAAGGCAGCUGUGAAGAGGGGAGCGAUGGGCAGGAAGAGGAGGAAGCUGGAGCCGAAGCUCUCAGGGACGGGCAACUGAGGGAAUCUGAGCAGGUGCCCAUCUGUUUUUGCAGCUUGGAUUCCCCAAUGAGUUCUGAUGCCACAGCUUCCACGGACACGACACGGGCACAGCACCACCUCAGCGGAGGCGAGGAGAGAGGCGCCGUGCCCCUCUGCUCUGGCCAGCAGAUUGAAGUCACGCACUGCUGA